AUAAAUUAAAAAUAUUCCCGCGCCAUCAUGCUCAAUUCCGAAUAAAAAGAAUUGAAAUGUGUAUGAUUGAAUAGCUUUGUUAUCGGCCCAAUAAGAAAAAGUCAAAGGCCCAAAGAUUCUUUCACGGGAGGAAAAUUGAAAAUAGCGUUCUGACGUAUUCGAUGAGAGAUUCUUCAGGUAUCUGAAGUCACUGACUAAACACAUAAUGUCUUUUCGUCUCUGACAACCUUUCUACUCUUUUGUGUAUAUAUAAUGACUCUUGGAUUCGAUUUCAAGAACAAGAAGAAAAACAUAACAAACAAGAAGUAGUAGAAGAACAUUCAAGCCUGCAUCACUAAAAUGGCAGAGAUAGAAUCUGAGUCUAAACAAGGAAGAAGGGUGGUGGUGAUCGGCGGCCGAGUCGCAGGCUCCCUCGCAGCGAAGUUGCUUCAGUUCCAUGCUGAUGUCAUCCUCAUCGAUCCGAAGGAGUACUUUGAGAUCACGUGGGCGAGCUUGAGAUCCAUGGUGGAGCCUUCGUUUGCUGAAAGAACAGUUAUCAACCACAAGAACUACUUCAAGAAAGGCCGUGUUGUUACUUCUCCGGCGGUCAACAUCACGGAGACUGAUGUAAUGACUGCAGAUGGAGAUGUGAUUGGAUAUGAUUACACCAUACUCGCAGAUUGUCAUUUCCUCUGCGUUGGGAAGCCUAUGUCUUCUCAAUGGCUCAAUGGAAACUCUCUGAAAGAUAGCUUGGAUGGUAAAGGGAGAGUCAUGGUUGAUGAGAACUUGAGGAUUAAGGAUAGAAAGAAUGUAUUUGCCAUUGGUGAUAUCACUAAUAUUCCUGAUAUAUAGGGGAGAUGCAUGCUAAUAUGGCUGUGAAUAACAUAAAGGUAAUGAUGUCUGGUGGGGAAAAGAAGAAGAAGAUGUCAACUUACAAGCCUGGAUCAGAGAUGGCUAUUGUAUCAUUAGGAAGAAAAUACUCGGUGGCACAGGACAGUCAUUGGUUGCCUCCCUGGUUUGAUCAAGUCCAAGGAUCUAUUCGUGGGGAAGAUGACGAAGACAAG